AUGGCCGAAGGAGGCGGACCCGACUCGGGCGGCUCGGCGGACUCCGACCCGGAUAUGCCAACCGCAUCCACGGAUAACCAAAAACAGGCUAUUGGCUCACUACUUAAGACCUCACUGAAAAAGGGCGACGAAUGGUAUCUAGUGGACAGCCGCUGGUUCAAACAAUGGAAGAAAUAUGUAGGCUUUGACAACUGGGACAUGUACAAUGUUGGAGAGCGUAGCCUAUAUCCAGGACCUAUUGAUAACUCGGGCCUGUUCUCUGACCAGGACAAACAGGUCUUGAAAGAGCACCUCAUUGAUGAGCUGGACUAUGUUCUUGUACCCACGGAAGCAUGGACUAAGCUUGUCAGCUGGUAUGGCUGCCUAGGUGCCCAAAGACCUAUUGUCAGAAGGGUUGUUGAACAUGGCAUGUUUGUCAAACACUGCAAGGUGGAGGUCUACUUGCUAGAGCUGAACCUGUGCGAAAAUGAUAACAUGGACAAUGUGGUCACUCGGUACUUCAGUAAAGCUGAUACUAUUGAUACCAUAGAAAAAGAGAUGAGGACACAAUUCAGUAUUCCACCAGAAAAAGAAACAAGGCUGUGGAACAAAUAUAUGAGCAACACCUACGAGCAGCUGAACAAACCUGACAGCAGUGUACAGGAUGCUGGACUCUUUCCGGGGCAGGUGCUUGUGAUUGAGCGCAGGAAUGAAGAUGGAACAUGGCCAAGGCAAGCCUCUCAUUCCAAGUCCAGUACAAACCCAUCUAGGACUUUCACCACCUCCCCAAAACUGUCCUCUAACUCGUCUGCCAGUGUCUCGCCCACAGUCACCAAUGGAAACAGCAGCUGCGGGGCUGGUUACACGCUCAACAACAGUGCCACGUCUGGCAGCAGACUGGGGGGUUAUAAUUCCUACAGCUCCUCCUACAACUACAGAGAAUCCCAGUCCCAGCCUGGCCUGUGCGGUCUCAGUAAUCUAGGCAACACAUGUUUCAUGAACUCUGCUCUCCAGUGCCUGAGCAACACGUCACCGCUCACCGAAUAUUUCCUAAACGACCAGUACGAGUACGAGAUUAACCGGGGCAAUCCACUGGGAAUGCGGGGUGAGAUUGCAGAGGCCUACGCUGAUCUAGUGAAGCAGAUGUGGCUCAGCCGCAGCAGUUCAGUGGCCCCACGCACCUUCAAAACACAGGUGGGGCGCUUUGCGCCCCAGUUUUCAGGCUAUCAGCAGCAAGAUUCCCAAGAACUUCUGGCCUUCUUGCUUGAUGGGCUCCAUGAAGAUCUGAACCGUGUGAAGAAAAAGCCAUAUUUGGCCCAAAGGGAUGCUGAGGGUCGUCCUGAUGAGAUCGUCGCUACAGAAGCCUGGACAAACCACCGCUUACGCAAUGACUCAAUCAUUGUUGAUAUCUUUCACGGCCUCUUCAAAUCCACUCUGGUGUGUCCGGAGUGUUCAAAGGUGUCUGUGACCUUUGACCCUUUCUGCUACCUCACUCUGCCUCUGCCCAUGAAGAUCGAUCGUAGUAUGGAGGUCAUCCUUGUGCGAGCGGACCCACAGUCCAGACCCACACAGUAUCGAGUUGUAGUUCACAAAGUGGGCAACGUAAUGGAUUUGUGCUGCGCCUUGUCCAGACUCUGUGGAAUUCCUCCAGAAAAUAUGGUGGUGGCUGAUGUUUAUAAUUGCAGGUUCCACAAAAUUUACAGAAAGGAUGAUACCCUCAGUCAAAUUAUGGAUAAAGAUGAGAUCUAUGUAUAUGAAGUGCAGGAGGAGGAUGGUGAGACAAUGAACCUGCCAGUCUAUUUUAGGGAGCGACAUUCAAAACAAGCUGCAAGCUCCGCCAGCACUAUGCUCUUUGGCCAGCCUUUACUCAUCACUGUGCCCCGUCAAAACCUCAUAGCAGACGUUCUUUAUGAAAAGAUCCUUCAGAGGAUUGGGCGCUAUGUAAAACACCCACAGAGUGGAGGGACUGAAAGUAGAGCAUCAGCUUCAGCCACCUUUGCCAGCUGCAGUCAAGUUCCUGAAUGUUCCACAUCAUCCAGUCCAAAUGCCAUCUUAGGUGGCUGCAGCAGUCCUCUAUCAGAGGGGGCCACCUGCAGUGCCAGUUCAAGUAACUGCAGUAACCGCUCAGAAACUUGCGCUGAAACCAACGGCGUAUAUGAUGGGGAGGAUGAGGCCAUGGAUCACCAGGUCAGUCCUGAUUCACAAAAUGGCCAGUCUGAAGAGGAGACAUCUGAUUUGGAAAACGGGACAAGAGAGGGAGAAGCAAAGGCAGGCUCCCUAUCAUCCAAACUCUUUACCUUCAGUGUUGUCAACUCUUAUGGAACAGCCAACAUCAGCCCUCUGCCAUGUGACGGGAACAUCCUCAAACUUAACCCACAUUCCACUGUGGCUAUCGACUGGGACACUGACUCCAAGAAGAUGUGUUAUGAUAAGCAGGAAGCAGAGGCGCGUGAAAAGCAUGAGAGCAUGCUCCAGCCCCCCAAAAAGAAAGCCUCUGUAGCUCUGAGAGAAUGCAUCGAGCUUUUCACAACCAUGGAGACGCUUGGAGCUCAUGACCCAUGGUAUUGUCCCACAUGCAAGAAACAUCAGCAGGCCACGAAAAAAUUUGACCUGUGGUCAUUGCCUCGUAUCCUGGUCGUUCACCUGAAACGCUUCUCUUACAAUAGGUGCUUGAGGGACAAACUGGACACAGUUGUGGAUUUUCCUAUCAAGGAUUUGGACAUGUCAGAGUUUUUAUCCGACCCCAAGGCUGGGCCUCACACAUAUGAUCUUGUUGCUGUGUCCAAUCAUUAUGGAGGAAUGGGCGGAGGUCACUACACUGCGUACGGCAAGAAUAAAGUGGACGGAAAGUGGUAUUACUUUGACGACAGCAGUGUCUCGCCUUCUUCGGAGGAUCAGAUUGUGACUAAAGCAGCCUACGUGCUAUUCUAUCAGCGGAGGGAAGAGGAUGGCCUCAGCAAAACGCAGCCUUCUGCCUCGCUGGGAGGAGCCCCUGACGCUGCUGAGGACGACAUGGACUUAAAUUGA